GGAGCUGUUUUAGGAUGCAUCUUGCAUGUUAGCUCCCUGCUAUAAACUAUUCUUAUGUACUUUAUAUAGUUGCUUCAAGCUAUCUUUGUAAAGGUCCUCGGCUGCUACCUUCUCUUCUUCUACUUGUUUUGUGAUAUACAUUAAUUAUAUUAAGUAUAAAAAUGGGGAGGAGGCCAUGCUGCGAUAAAAUAGGGCUGAAGCAAGGUCCAUGGUCGGCUGAAGAGGACAAGAAGCUCAUCAACUUUGUUCUCAACAAUGAAAAUAAAUACCAAUGCUGCUGGAGAGCUGUUCCAGAACAUGCAGGAUUACUAAGGUGUGGUAAGAGCUGUAGGCUGAGAUGGACGAAUUAUCUACGACCGGAUUUGAAGAGGGGCGUUCUAUCUGAACAUGAAGAGAAGCUCAUCAUCGACCUCCAUUCUCAACUUGGCAACAAAUGGUCGAAAAUUGCUUCCCAUAUGCCUGGAAGAACGGAUAACGAGAUCAAGAAUCUGUGGCACACUCAUAUUAAGAAAAAGUUGGGCAAGAUGGGAACUAAUCCUCUCGCUCACAAACCCCGUCCCUCUGAUCAUCUGCCUGCUGAUAGUAAUAUUCAUCAGAACCAUGAUGCACAACCCUCAGAAGAAUCUAGAGAAGUUAAUGAGCAAGAUAAGUUACAAGAAAAUGAAGGCAUGUCACUACUGGAAGAGUCUAUAGUCACCAACACUGAUGAUCAUCCACUCACAGAAAGAAUUGCAAUGGAAACUAACGAUGCCUUUUCUAUAGAUGAAGUCCCAAUUGUAGAGCCGGGUGAAAUUUUUAUCCCUGAUUCUGAUCUACCAUUUUCUUAUUCUAGUGCAUCAUCCACCACAGAUAUUUCAGUGUCAACUAUCUGCUCAAUCCCUGAUGAUUUGGAUUUUGUACCAUCUUUCGAGGAUUGGCUUACCAGUGAUCUUGGCCAAAGUUCCGGAGACAACAUGGGUUUUCUGGAUGAUGAUGAUGAUUUUUUUGAUUGGGAUUGGUUAUUUAACGUUUUCGAUAUCGACCAGAUUGAUGAAGUCUUUCAGUCUUCUCCUGAUCUUACAGUACCCACCCAAUCAAAUAAUCAAAUAUGUUCCAAGUGACUAAUGUUGCAAAUGGAAGCUCUAGUGAAUAAAUAUGGCAACAAUUGGAGCUCGCUACUCCAUGUCUGUCUAUAACUCUAAUUUUAUGAGUAACUGUUAGAUGUAUUGGAUAAAUAACGCAUUCUGCUUGCAACUUGGAAACAAUCGAUAAUGGGACUGAAAUAUUACUUUAAAAAAAUAAGCUUUUAUUCUU